AUGGCGUUUGUUAAGUCCUCUACUUGCCCGAUAAUCGGAAACAACCAAACGGGUAGUAGUUUUUGGAAGGCGACAACGGAUAGAUUUAACGCGAUUGUGGAGCAUGGUCCGGCUCGUGAUGUCGAAUCCGUCUCGGGAAAGUGGCGUAAAACGAGCAAGGUCAUCAAUAACUUUAACGGGAUUUAUAACCAAAUUUACACUUGUCCUCCUAGUGGGAGUAACGACGAGGACAUUCUUAACCUUGCUAUCGCUAAGUGGGACUCUCAAAAUUCAACGCCUUUCCCGCACUUCCGAGCAUGGAACGUUGUAAGGAAAGAACAAAAAUGGAAGCCGGUUCCAAAUGAGGUCGCAACCGCCAAACGGACUAAAACUUCCGAGUCUGGAAGUUAUAGUGCGGGAGGCUCCACCGCUCGUUGUCAAAUCGACAUAAAUGACGACCCGGAAGAUGACGAGGAUGUCUUGCCCGUUCACGAGUCGGAACGUCCCACCGGAAGGGACAAAGCAAAAAAAGAGGCGGCCGGAAAGCGCAAAGGGGCCGACUCGAGUGGAGGGGGCGGCUCGAAGGCAUCAUCGAAAAUGGACGAGUUGAUAAACGAAUUCCGUUCGUUCAAAGAGUUCGCGGCCGAAAAAUAUACUCACAAGAAAACCGUGUCGGCCGACUAUGCUCGAGCGGAGGAUUUUAGGAUUAUGAGGUUGGAUUUCGACUCGGUUCCGGAGGAUGAACGCGAGGUUUAUCGGAGGAUGAAAGAAGAGGAUUAG